AUGGCGCCAGCACCGUGGUCCAAAGAGUCCUGUAUCAAGUCGGGCCGAGAUGGCUGGUCAGGCGACGGUUGGAGCAAAGUGUCUCGUGCAGGCAACAGGGCGUGCAAGCCCAAUGAUAAUAAUCAGUCCUACACGGUGUGCAAGUGCGGCCAUUGCAUUUCCGACCGCCUUCUCCUUCUCCUGCGUCAUGGUGAGUGGGCGGGUUGUGGCAAGCAUCUGUUCCCUUGUGACCUUGAGGGUUCAAGCUUGCCCGCAUUCGCCGACGGAACUGGAACCCAGAGCUUGAUGAAGCCCGUGCUGCCGCAGUCAAGAAGGCCGCCGGUCUGCGCCCCCUACGCAGAGCUGCCGAGUGGCUCAAGGAAAGAGGCGUCGCCGGCCGAUCCAGAGCCCCUGGAGUUCGACAUCGGCGAGGUGCACCUCGAUUCGGGGUGGGAGUUCAGCGAGUGGGCUCUUGCGCUCGAACUCGCGCGUCGCGGCAGGACGGGCGCCCAUCGGGCCUGCGAGCCGCCGAAGUCCGCGGUUGGCCCCGAGCCUGAAAGCGCCCGCGUCGGGCCGGCCUCGGUUUGUCAGCUCGAGAAGGCAUCGGCGCUCGACGGGCGCGGCAGAGGAUUCGGGCGCCUGUCGUUGGCGCCUGGGGCCGCGCAGUCCCUGGAUGCUGGGGCGCGGUCGUCGGCCCCCCUGUUCAACGUGCCCGUUGGCUUGGAGAACGUGAAUCGGCCGUAUCUUUCGAGCCGAAUGGAAGGCGCCAUCCGGGUGCCGCUCGAUGGCCUCCCCGGCUGUUCGCGCGCGCUGGCCUGGCGGCUGGGCCAGCGGGGCGGUUUGGGCGCCCGAGGUUCGUUGUUCGUCAGCCCCGACAACGCGAAGGCAGUAGAGGGGCCAGGCCCGUUUAAGUGGGGGGGCGCGGGGCUGCAGCUGGAGUCUAAUCUUGAGAACACUGGCGCUCUCAUUCCAGAGGAGUUCGGGCAGGCCCCGCCGGAGUCGCUAUUCCCGGAAGCGUCUUUGGGGAGGGCAAAGGGGGUGGUCGACAGCCUUAAGCAGUCGGUGCCAAGGGCCGGGCUGUCGGUUAUCGCGGAAGGGGCCACGUGCAUCAGCGCUGUCGCCGCUGGCCUGACCAGGGCAGAGUCGCGGCUGCGCAGGAGUGCCAGUUUAUGCUUUCUUGCCGUUCCUGUCGCGAGGGCGACCGGGUUUAUUUCCGCCCCAGGUUGGAGCUGCGACCAGUGCGGCAAGUUCUCUGCCAAGACCCAUUCCGGCGACUUGGCCCGCCUCAGGCGUGGGAGCUGGGCCACCCAGCCGGUCCGCACGGGCAUCGUGUCUUGCCAGCCGGACGGGCGCUCGCGCUCGCCGUGGAAGGGUGCAGACGAGGCGAACGUGGACUGCCCGAGGGAGCGCUACACGGUCGAGGGUCAGCGAGGUCGUCAACGAGGUCGUCGUUGCCAUCAUCAACGAGGCCGCCGUCCUCGUCCUCGCCGUCGCCCUCUGGCGGCGUGGCCCCUGGAAGGCAUGCGCGUGACCCGGGCCGACGGGCGCGGCACGCAGCACUUCACCCUGCACUGGGACCCGCACUCGCAGCGCCUGCAGUGGGGCACGCACGGCCGGCUGUGGCUGGGCGCUCCCCCGCGCCCCAGCGCGCCAGCAGUAGUAUCGAAAUGGGUAC